CAAUCUGCACACCAGAAGAUCAUUACGCAUCCAUCGAGCUCAAUCAAUACCCCGAAGUCGAGAGGCGUCAUCCUUGACAGGAUUCUCAUAUGUGAUUCCCUUACGACCUAGCCGCAGACUGUUCUCGUGAACUUGAAGCUUUCCCAGCGCUCCGAGAUGCUGUGGUCCGGGAGAAGUUCCGAGGAGCGGAGAAGGCAGCAACUCCACACAGAGAGGAAGCACAGGAGAGACAGAGCGGGAGCGCAUAUCACAACGAUUAUGGGGCUACGAGAAGGAGAUCACAAGCUCAACAAGAUUCCCAGAGCAUAUCGCUUGGAUCAUCAGCGUGAGAAUCCGAAAGACAUUGUAACAAAAGGGACCGCAGGCAUUGUGUCCCAGGACGAGAAUCCUGUUCCAUGGAUGCGCGGAGUUGAAUUGGAUAACAGCCUCUUCCAUAGAAGUCGUACGGUGGUGGGUCGGAUCGAUAUUGUUGUCAGGUAA